UACGAUUUCCUGCGUGUGACGUGAUCUGGUAAACAUGGACACCCGCAGCAUUUUACAUCUGUACUGCUAGCUAGCUAGCUAGCUAGCUAAAUACGCUUGAAGACAUCGAGUAUACUACUUUCUUCGCAAUUACGCUUCUUGAUUGAUGAACAAACCUUGCACACUACGUCAGAAGGACGACAGACAACCAUGUCUAAUGUUAACACCGGAGAUCCCGAUCCAUUUUACUCGAAUCGGCCACCUCCAUAUCAUGGACCGCAGCCCAUACAACCACCACCAGUAUGUAAUAGCUCGUUCCAAAGUAACAUGCCAGGGAAAAGUGAAGCUACUGGGGCGUUUUGGCCCGGUCAAAACCCUUCCCAAUAUCUACCUCCACCACAUCAAACCACAACUCGCGGACAGAGGUUUCCUCAAAGUCAAGAGUGGACGCUACCACCACCCGUGUCAGUUCCAGGAUAUGACGGUAAACCAUAUGAUUUCAGACCACACUUUCCACAGCCUCCACCGAGAUUCGAAGGCUAUGGACCACCUCAUAUGUCUUCGGGAUAUUUCGAUCCGUCGAUACCGCCACCACCCCUCAACCCCUCGGAACUUAGUAAGUUCUCCACAAUGUCUUCCCAACCCGUUCCUGUACACAACCAUUCAAGGCUUGACCCCAGCAUGUAUGAGGGAGGUCCACCAAACCCAUGGGCUCAGAGCUACAAUCCUGGUAAUGCUCAAUCAAACCUAGGAGCUUCAGACUUCCAAAGAUCAUUUGACCACAUCCCACCGCAUCGCAUGCUCGGUCAAAGUCCACAAAGUCAGUAUGGAAACCCUGAUUCAAAUUUUAGACCAAAGCCUGCUGAUAGUGGUUACUCUGAACAUCAUAGCAGACCUCUCUUAGCCUCUCCCUCAUUGGCUCCCCUGGGAAAGGAAGCGCAGCGCAACCAGGGCUUUAGCAAGCCCAUGGCUCCACAACCACCAGACGAAGACUUCAUUCAGAGGAUGCAAGAUGAACAGUGGCUGAAACGAUUCUUGAGGAACCGAAAAAAGACAACAGCCAAACCAGUGCAACCUCUUUCAAAGCAGGGUCAGCCGAAGUUCUCCGUGGGCUGCAUGCGAAACACCCUGUACAAUGCCGUACAGCUCGUCUCAAAGCUGUCCAUGGCUUGUGAAACUCUGAAGCAAAACCUGGAGAAUGAUAGUGUCUGGGCAGAUUCUUACACAGAGGCAUUGAGUGUGAAAACUGAUUUGCAAGAGAAACUGAAGGUACUCAGCGAUACUGACUGUAUUGAACAUUUAAAAAAGAAACUGAGCUCCAUCAGUAAGAAGAGGGCCAGGCUACGGCGUCGAAAAGUUGAACAGGCGGAAGAGAGACAGAGAGAAGAGGAACGUCUGGCUGAGCGUGAAGCGGCCAUUGACAAAUGGAGGAUGAAACGGAUCCAUGAAGUGGAGGAGAAGAAGAGGGAGCAGGAGCUGAAGGUGGCUGCAGACACAGUGCUCUGCGAGGUGAGGAAGAAGCAGGCAGACUCCAAGAGGAUGCUGGACAUCCUCAAGUCCCUGGAGAAGCUACGUAAACUCAGGAAGGAGGCUGCCUCUCGGAAAGGGAUCUUCCCCGAGCAGGAGGCCGACCAAGCAUUUGACCAGUUGGUGGAGCGCCUGCGAGCUCUGAUCAGGAAGCGGACCGGGGUCUACGGGGCGGAGGAGAAUGCACUGCGGGUGAUGCUGGAGAACGAGCAGGAGGAGGAGCGCAAGAGGGACCUUGAGAAACAACAGAAGAAAGAGAAGGAGAGGCUGCUGCUGAGGAAACGAGAGAUGGACAGAAUGCUCUUUGGAGAUGAGAUGCCUCAAGGUCACCCUCUACAGGCCUUCCUGGAGUACUACACACAGGCGGAGGGCUCACUAACAGCCCUGAUACAGAUUCGGAGAGAAUGGGACCAGUAUCUGGUCCCAGUGGACCAUCCAGAUGGCACAGCCAUUCCCCAGGACUGGGUCAUACCAGAACCCCCCACAGAUGAGGUUUGGGCCACAGCCCUGGACCAAGGGGACAGCUUCGGAUCCUGACAGACACUUGUUUGCUCUGGAAAGUUCAGGCGAUUCACUAGUAGGGUCUUCAUCAAGUGUUUGCAACAAGACCUUAUGGAGAAAAAACCCAAGGUGGAGUUGUCUGUGGUCGUUUUCUGAUUGCCAUUCACAGAAUACCCUGGAUGUAUUUUCUUUCUGCAAUUUUAUAAAAAUAAAUACUUGAUUGCGACUCUCUCCAACUUA